UAGAAACAAACGAAGUUGGCAAUGCUGUACGGCAAUCGCUACGAUCCUAACCUACAAGUAAUGUUUUAUACGUUUUUCGCGAUGAAUUUUUACGGGUUUUAUGAAUUUGUAUUUAAUGACAUUUGAUAGAAGUUGUAUAAAGAAUUGCAGUUUAUAAAAAGAUUCUGAUACCGGCAAUCUGUUGUACUGAGAAUCAAAAAUAUGAUUCACAGAAAACGUUUGCAUACUGUCGCAUAGUGUUGACAUGUAACAAGGAGGUUGUAAGUAACACUUAAAAUAUAAUUAUUGAACAAUGGAUGACCAUUUCGAUAUACCUAAUAUGAAAAUGAGCGCUAAUGAGUUGCUCGCUUUUCAAAGAGAUCUGAAGCAGGAAAGGGAACUUCUUUUGAAAUUACUGACAAAAAUUGAAACCCAAGUACACAGACUACAGGUGGAACAGCUUCAUUUACUCGGAGUAAUGAACAAAUUACUGAAGGAUUCUGAAGAUAAGUCUCCAUCAUAUGAAUCUGAACAUGAAAACGAAGAAAACCUAUCGAAUACAUCUUUGAACUUAUCGGUAGCCUCAGCUUUAAAAUACUUUGAAGAAGAAGAAGAAGAAGAUGAUGAAGAUGAAGAUAAUAUUUAAUACAAUUACAAUACAAGUAUGAUAAAUAAUAUACUUUAUCUAUGUGACAGGAAAUUUCAUUAACUUAAAUCUUUUUUAGAGAUAGUCUUUCGACAGAAGCAUUACAUUUAAAUAUAGUGUAUUGUUAAAUUUAUUGUACUGGUAAUAUAUUAUAUUUACUGGAUGUGUCAAUUUGUAACAGUCCUUAAAAGAAUACAAAAAGGAAUCACAUUAAAUGAGAAACAAACUAUUAUUAU